AUAAAGGUCCCUCAUCUCUCCCUCUCUCCCUAUGUUGUCAUCCUGCCUUACUCUCUCAUCAUCAAAACUCACUCACUCACUCCUAGGAACCCACUAAGACACAAAAGAAGACACUUCCACUUCCCAUCACAAGAACAGCCUGGAAAGAAUGCGGUCUUCUCUUCUCGCCCUCGUCGCGGCCAUGGCCCCCGCCGCCCUCGCGCAGACCUUCUACGGCUGCUACACCGAGGUACCCGCCCGGGCCCUGACCGGCGCCACGCUGGUAAACUACACCACCAUGACCAUCCCCGACUGCGAAGCCUACUGCACGGGGCUGAGCUUCACGCUCUGGGGCCUUGAAUACUCUGGCGAAUGCUACUGCGGCGACACACUAGCACAGGGCUCCUUCCCAGCCUUCUCAACCGACUGCACCAUGGCCUGCGCCGGCGACGCGACCACGACCUGUGGCGGGCCGAACCGGCUCUCGCUGUACGGCGCGUCGGCGGAGCCGCCCGCGGUCACGCCCUACCCGCACCCGGAGGUCGCCGGCCCGCCGCAGUACAUGGGCUGCUGGACCGAGGUGGCCGGCGUGCGGGCGCUGCCCGGCGCGAGCGGCUUCUCCGAGACCGACAUGACCGUCGGCGGCUGCGCCGACUACUGCCUCAACUCGGGCUUCGUGUGGUUCGGCCUCGAGUACGGCGCCGAGUGCUACUGCGGCAACGCGCUGGACGCCAACAGCACCGCCGCGGCCGAGACCGAGUGCGCCAUGCCCUGCUCGGGCGACGCCACGGCUGUGUGUGGUGGCUCGGAUCGGAUUAGUGUGUACCAGUGGGUGUGAGAGGCUGGUCCUGGUCUAGUCUUGGUCUGGUCUUUGGCAGGUUUGGGUUGUUCUAUGAUGAUGUUUUGAGGAGAGCUUGGUUCUGGUCAAGACGUAACUAUUUGGUUUGGAAGGGGAAGUUUGGGUUAUUAGUGAAGUGGUGGGCUCUUGUCAGAGUUAAUACUAGUACCUAAGGUUCCCUCCCGCCUAUAUCUAGGUCCAGCCAGCCACCUGUGGUUGACCGUCCAGCUUCCCAUUCGUUACACAUACAGCACCAACAGAUGCAUCACCAUUCCAUC